AUGCGCCAUGAAAUGUCUGCUUUUGUGAACGGCAAAGCCGCGGCAGCAGCAGUCGGAGGAGACAGUCGUACGAUAGGGCUGUCCGAGCUGCUGCUAGCCUUUAGCCGCCUGAAUGUAGAUCCGCAUGGGCUACGUCUGCUUCACUCCCGAAUAAACCAGCGGAACUUAAGAAAUAGAGUAUGGAGGCUGGCUCUACAUUCUGCAUUUAUCAGAUCUUUGUCGUCCCCCCCAUUGUGUAGCUAA